AUGCGGGCUGGACCGUGCCAUCCACCUGCGCUCUCCCCCGCCUCCGGCAAUUUUGACUCUGCCUUGACACCGGGUCCAGGUGAGGGAGGAGGAGGGAGUGUGGUGGAUGAAGCGCAAGUCUACUCUCACUAUAAAUCCCGCGCAAGUCACCAUCCCUGCCCCACUCUGUUGUGGAGCACACGGUGGACAUCGUCGAAACCGACGGUCGAACUGUCGUGUGUGUGCGUGUGUAUGUGGCCCGCCGGGGUAUAGGGGUGUCCAGUUGUGGGUCCACGUGACAGUCAUAGUAGUUCGCUCACUUGCUUGCAGGAGUAGAUUGCGCCUAACGUCCACUAACUGACACCCAACUGUCAGGCGUGCCUCCCCGAAGCUAGGCUCUGCCUAGUGGCCACACCCCGGUAACCGCCUCGACCGGCGGGCCAGACCAGGUGAGAGCAUCCAUGUGUACAUCUCCGCACACGGUAACUCGGCUCCGCUCCCACAAUCGAUGGCCGGAUGGAUCAUCGCCUCGGCACCGCCGAGAUGAGGCUCCGUCUGCAACACCGUAGGAGACCACAAGGUAAGUGACCACCAGAUAAACGAACAUUGAUCUGCUGGAUUGCUAUUUGUCUGCUUGUUUGUGUUUGUCCUUGCGGUUCUGCUGGAUUUGUCUGCUCACCGUUUUUAUUACAGUAACGAAUCAGCUUAGAGAGGGACGGGAAAUCUCUGCUUCCCGUCUCUCUACCCUUUCCCCUCAUUACCCCUUCAAGUACUACGGCGAUCUCAUAGGCAAGCCCAAGCUAAAUUGGGCCGUUCUUCCACUAAACAAAAGCGGCGGCCCAGAGUGAGUUCGUCAACCGUCUGGUACACCUGAGCAGCCCUAUUUGGGGAGAGCACUGAUUACCCCCGAGAGGGGGAAGGGACUAGAGAAAGUGCCCUAAACAAAUGCUGGGGGCCCACGCCGUCUGCAGGUUGACAGUGGCCUCAGACGCAAAACUCACGGCCGAAAAAACUAAACAAGAAACAACACACACUCUCUUCCCCCUCCUCCCCGCCUCGCCACUCGCCAGACUAGUAGGCUGAGGCGCUCACUCUGGCGGCCUGGAAUGUUCGCUCCCUUCUAGACAACCCUAGGAGUAACCGGCCGUAACCGAGGACGGCGCUAGUGUUUCGUGAACUGGCGCGCAACAAAGUGUGCAUCUCUGCACUCAGUGAGACUCGGUUCUCGUGAACUGGUGACCUCAACGUCCGCGUCGGCAUAGACCAUGCUGCCUGGAGAGGAGUGUUGGGUUCCUAUGGUCUCAACAGCUCCAAUGGCAAUGGUCUGUUCCAUCUACGAACCAGCGCAGAACGCCGACUCACCCUGACCAACACCUUCUGCCUGCCGAGCAAGAGAAGGCCACCUGGAUGCACUCUUGGUUGCGACACUGGCUCCUGCUGGACUAUGUCCUCGUCCGGAGGCGAGACCAGCGAACGGGCUGGUGACCAAGGCAAUCCCGGGUGCUGACGGGUGGACCGACCAUGGACCUUUUAUGCCCAGGAUGCGGAUUCGCCUACAGCCUCGCAGGAGACCUCAAGGUAAGCGACCCCCAGGUAAGCUGAAUAUUGUUUUGUUGCAUUUGCCUGCUUACCAUUUCCAUUUCAGCAAUUAGCUAGCCCAACGUCUUGCCUGCCUUCCAGUUGUCGCUCCAGCCACCAUCGUCGCCGCUGACGAGGACUUCUCUGUGGAGAACCGACGGUGUCAACUGCGGGACACAGUCCAGUUGACGGUCUUGGCUCUCCUCGGUCACGCACGCCACACACACCAGGACUGGUUCGACGACAACGACGCCGCCAUCAGCAAACUUCUCGCCGGAAAGAACUGCCCGCACACAUCCUACGUCAACCGCCCCACCGACGACAACAAAGCAGACUUCUACCGUAGUCGCCACUUUGUGUAA